CUUACAUCGGAUCAACCUUACCCAUCCCGGAUUCGAUCCCACGACCUCUCAGGUUUGGGACCAGUGUCUUAACAGAGAGAGCCACAUUAGUUGACACACAUUUGAUAAGCCACAGAAGAGACGUUAAGGUGUGAGAAUGUUCACAAAAGCAUCAGACCACGUGCUAACCAAUUAAUCAAGCUGCACCUGGUCUUAAAUUGACAGUAUAUCAGGGAGAGAGCAUGUGCUGCUCAGUUUAUCUGUUUUUCUACAGAAGGUAUGUUUGUUUUAAAAGUGUCUGUGUGUUAAUUAUUUCUUCUUAGUUUGGAUUGUGGAUUUUUUGCUGAAGUGUUUAAUAUGUUCAUUUUGUUUGUUUUUUGUAAUGACCAAGUGUUCAAAGUGCCAACUCAUUUUAAGUGUUUUCUCUUUACUUUAAUUAGUUUUCUUAUUAUGGUAGUCUAUUGUUUGAUAUGUAAUACAAUUCUGGAUUUCAUUGGAAGGUAAUUUAAUGUUUAAUAUUAGGGAUUUUGUGUGUUUUUGGAAAAGCGACGCACAAGAGUUUAGUAAUUCUGAUUCAGAUUGUUUGCAAAUUAUUUAAACAAAGUAAUUUAGUCUUCGUAGUCUACACUAUAUUUUAUUUAAAAUGGUCUCUUUAAUUGAUAAUUUAAUAAAGAGUUUAUUUAACUGUGAAAAUUAUUUAUUUUAUUUUUUUGUGAAAUGUGUAAUUUGAAUAUAUGCUAAACAAUACUUUCUUCUUUUUAUGUGUGCUGGUGUAUUAACAAGAGUGAGUUGAGGUAACAUUUAUAAUUCUUAUAUAUGUAAAAAUAAUUUGAUUGUACUUUUUAAAUGUAUGUUAAGUUCUUAAAACUUAUCACUCUUCUUUCUUGCAUGUGCUGGUACACUGGUAAAAGACAGUUGAGGUAUGUCAAACUUUUCAAACUUUAUUAAAAUGCACUUAGAAUAUACUGCUGAAGUAAAUGUAUAACAAAGCAUGCCUGACAAGUAUACCGUGUGUGUGUGUGUGUGUGUGUGGUGGUGCACUGGUUAAAGACUGUGAGCUGAGGUAAGGCAUCUUUUUGUAACCAUUUAAAAAUAAUUUGGAAUAUUCUGCUGAAGUAAAUGUUUCAAUGCAUAACAAAGCAUGCCUGACAAGUAUACCUUUUGUGUGUGUGUGUGUGGUGGUGCACUGGUUAAAGACUGUGAGCUGAGGUAAGGCAUCUUUUUGUAACCAUUUAAAAAUAAUUUGGAAUAUUCUGCUGAAGUAAAUGUUUCAAUGCAUAACAAAGCAUGCCUGACAAGUGUAUUUUUUUUGUGUGUGGUGGUGCACUGGUUAAAGACUGUGAGCUGAGGUAAGGCAUCUUUUUGUAACCAUUUAAAAAUAAUUUGGAAUAUUCUGCUGAAGUAAAUGUUUCAAUGCAUAACAAAGCAUGCCUGACAAGUGUAUUUUUUUUGUGUGUGAUGGUGUACUGGUUAAAGACUGCGAGCUGAGGUAAGGCAACUUUUUGUAACUAUUAAAGAAUUUAGAAUCUACUGUGAAAUGUAUAACCUAGCAUGCCUGACAAGUAUACCUUUUGUGUGUGUGUGUGUGGUGGUGCACUGGUUAAAGACUGCGAGCUGAGGUAAUUCAACUUUUUGUAACCAUUUAAAAAAACAAUUUAAAAUAUACUGCUGAAGUAAAUGUUUAAAUGUAUAACAAAGCAUAGCUGGCAAGUAUGCCUUUUCUUUCACGUGUGGUGGCACAUUGGUCAAAGACUGCGAGGUAAGUCAAACAUUGUUUAGAAUAUACUGCUAAAGUGCAUUUAAAUGUAUAACAAACCAUAGCUCACAAAUGUAUCUUUUUCUUUUGUGUGGUGGUGCACUGGUUAUAGACUGCGAGUUGAAGUUAAAUGCUUGCUUUUUUCAUAGCAAAAUUAAGACCGUAUCCAUGUGUGCUGGGCAGUGUUAAGAUAUUAAUCAGUACUUGUGUCUUGUCAAGGGCUUAUGUGAAUAUGUUGCUGGUCACAAAAUCUUGCAUUGAUAUUUUAAUUAAGAAACAUUUCUUAUUCUCUUUCCAUUCCUGUUAAUGUUAGUACAUAUUUUUAUGUUAAUCAUUUGAACUGUUUGAAUAGCUACAGUGUAAUCAGGUUCUGAUGCUUUAAGAAUUGAGAAGUACAUGUAGUAAUUCUGUUUCCGUGUUCACAGAUGCCGCGACCAACGAAGAGGUCGACAAUAGCCAAACGGCUAUAUGCACAGCGAUGUGCAAGUACAGAGGCUGCACCGCUUCCUCUUAAAAUAACUGAAGCAGAGUUUCCACCCCUUCCUCUUAAAAAAAGGGCAGAGGCUGCACGACCACCUCUUAAAACAUACAAGGCCGAGGUAACGCCGCUUCCUCGUAAAAAAAUGGCCGACUGCUCCGGCAGUUGUAAUCCUGGCCCCACCCAGCAGGUUCCACCCUGUCCUGCAAAAACAAACGGGAAAGAGGCUGCGACGCUUCCUCUCAAAAUAAGUCAAGCCAAGGUUAUGCCCACUCCUUGUAAAAAAAAAGGCCGGUUUUGCCAUCGUGUAGAAACCACCCCUCAACAGGUUCCACCCCUCCCUGUGGGUACAAUUUGGGUAGAGGCAAAAACGCUCCCUCUUAAAACAAGUCGAGCCGAGGUUAUACCACAUCCUCGUAUAAAAAAAGGUCGGUUUUGCCAUCGUGUAGAAACCACCCCUCAACAGGUUCCACCCCUCCCUGUGGGCGCGAUUGGGGUAGAGGCAAAUACGCUCCCUCUUAAAACAAGUCGAGCCGAGGUUAUGCCACAUCCUCGUAAAAAAAUAGGCGGUUUUUGCCAUCGUGUAGAAACCACCCCUCAACAGGUUCCACCCCUCCCUGUGAAUCCAAUUGGGGUAGAGGCUGCACCGCUCCCUCUUAAAAGAAAGCGAGCACCAACCAAUGAGCGAACCCGUUCAUUGGAUAACUAUACAAUCUCAUUUACUUCUCAUGAAAUCUCAUUUACUUCUCAUGAAAUCUCAUAUACUUCCAACAAACUAUCAGAAAACAACCCAAAUUUCCACAGGUCUGAUCAAUCUCAUAGUUCCAGAGAAUCUGAAGAAAGGUUUGCUAUCCCAUCAAAAUUGAAUGCGAAUGCUUUGAACACUUUAAAUGUGUGCGCUGAUUCUCCACAGAAAGCAGUGCUAAAAGGUUCUUUUAAUCAAGCUGAUGCCCGCUUUGGUGAUUCCAGUUUUCCAUCCACGUCUGGUAAAGCCCUUUACAGUGAAGUAUUAAAACGCUCACCCAAGGUCUGUGAAUCCGUAAAUACUGAGGUAAGGCCAUCUGAUUUUCAAGUAGACUCUGGCAAACCCCGGCAACCCCAGAUGAAGCACCCCAUGAAAACCCAACUAAAAUCCAUGAAAAAACCUAUCCAAACUGAACAAAACAUUCCUGCAAUUUGCCAUGAAAGUGCUUGUUGUGAUUUUCCACAGAAAUCCAUGCUAAGAGGGUCUUUUGAUCAAGCUGAUGCCCGCUUUGGAGAUUCACGCAACAGGCAGUGUGGAGCCAUCGGUCUCACAGCAGUGUUGAAAAGCAAGCUGAAGAAUGUGCUGACGUGGACUACACAAGAUCUGGACGCUGUCUUGGUUGAAGGAACACGUCUUUACGAGUCUCUAAGAAAACAUGGUAACAUAAAAGACAGAGAAGUCAAGGGUAGGAAUUACAUUGCAGUCCAUGAAUUACCGAGGAGACACAUGUUGGGUAAUACUACGUUUUCCAUCGAGUACACUCCGUCUCUGACUGGUUUUGUUAAUGUCAAUGAGUACCACGAGUAUGACCAUGCCAUAAGCACUGUAGCCAUGCCACUUGAUGUAGCCCUUCAGCAAACUCUACUGAGUGCUGAUGCUUUCUUGUUAACCAUUUGUGCCAACACAUCUGCAGUUAUUAAGCAGGGGUCAUGGUAUGCAGUCGUUGACUCUCAUGCCAUCAGGACAGACACAAGUUGUGUAGUCUAUCACAGUACCAUAGAGUCUCUGUACAACUAUAUCAAUGACAUGGCACAGUUGUUUGGGGAACCUGAGCCACCAUUUGAGAUAACUGGAGUUCUGGUUCAUGCAGAUGCAGAAGUGUCUGAUCCGCUGCAAGAAGCAGGCAGCAGCAGUUUCCCAUGCUCUUCCGGUAAAGCCCUCUACAGUGACGUCUUAAAACGCACACCAAAGAUCGUUGGCACAUGUGAUAUGUGGAAGUGAAGAGAAACACUUGAAGGUUCGCCGUGCAGUUGUGAAACAUCUAAAGAUGAAUACUCCGCUGUUUGAGAGGUACGUGAGACGUGAGUAUUCUUCAGCAGAGGAUUAUCUGACACGAUCUAGAAUGUUUUAUUCUGGCUCAUGGGUAACCGAAAUUGACAUAUUUGUUGCGGCUGAUCUUUUCAAAACCACCAUAAUGACUUUUAAUGACAGCCGAUGGAAUGCACACAAACCUACCGGAGAGGUAUCCACUCAGAAUGCAAUUUAUCUGAAACACUGUAACCGUAAUCAUUAUGAAGUUGUGACAUGUGUUAAGCACAGGGAUCGAGAUGCUGUUUGUGCAGGAGCAUGUGGAAAUGUGGUGUCAAAUGAGGUCAGCAAACCAUGUCUGCGCAAAAGAAAGGUAAGCGAUGCUGCAGAAUGUUGUCCAAACAAAAGACAUCGGGAGAGAUAUCGCAACGACAGUGAGUACAGACAAAAAAAGCUGAAGCACGAGAAGUCAAA